AUGUUCAAAAAGUCAGCAAAAGAUAUUGUGGUUCUCUCUGCAUUGAGAACUCCAGUCACCAAAUCUGUCAAGGGCGGCUUGGCUCAACUCUAUCCCGAGGAGUUGCUAUACCAAGUUUUGAAAGGAUCUUUAUCUAAAUCGAAAGUUGAUCCUAACUUGAUUGAUGACAUUCUUGUUGGUACAGUUUUGCAAACAUUAGGGGGUCAAAAAGCCUCAGCCUUGGCAGUGAAAAAAGUUGGGUUCCCCAUAAAAACAACGGUAAACACAGUAAAUCGUCAGUGUGCUUCGUCAGCUCAAGCAAUAACAUACAGUGCUGGGUCUCUUCUCAGUGGAGAGAACAAGUUUGCCAUUGCUGCUGGCGUUGAAUCCAUGACGCACGAUUAUUUCCCACAUCGUGGAAUCCCACAACGAAUUUAUCAACCAUUUUUGGAAGAUGCCAGUGAGGAGGCAAAGAAUGUGUUGACACCAAUGGGGAUCACAAGUGAGCUGGUUGCCGAGAAAUUUGGCAUUACUAGAGAGGCUCAAGAUGAAUUUGCUGUGCAAUCGCACUUGAAAGCAGCACAGGCGAGCGAAUCAGGUCAUUUCAGGAAGGAAAUAAUACCAGUAGAGUCACGCAAUGAGGCUGGUGAAGUUGUUAUUAUCGAGAGAGACGAUGGAAUUAGAGCUGGAUCAACCUAUGAGAAGUUGCUGACAUUGAAACCUGUAUUCAAAGAAGAUGGAGUUACGACUGCAGGAAACUCCUCUCAAAUAUCAGACGGAGCUUCAGCAGUUGUUUUGACAACUCGUGAAAAUGCCGAAAAGUGCGGGUACAAACCAAUUGCAAGAUUCAUUGGUUCAAGCGUAGCCGGUGUCCCCGCUGGAUUGAUGGGAAUUGGACCUUCGGAAGCAGUACCGCAAUUGUUGGAAAGAUUUGGUUUGACACAUAAGGAUAUUGACAUCUUUGAAUUGAAUGAAGCGUUUGCUUCUCAACUGAUAUACUGCAUCGAGAAGUUGGGUUUAGAUGCUGCAAAAGUGAACCCAUAUGGUGGAGCCAUUGCCAUCGGUCAUCCUUUAGGAGCUACAGGGGGUAGGGUAGUGUCUACAUUGUUAAAUGGGUUGAGGACUCAGAGCAAAGAAUUGGGAGUCGUGUCGAUGUGUACUUCCACUGGUCAAGGUUAUGCGGGAUUAUUCAUCAAUGAAGAUUAA